AUGAAGAAGGUUGUGCUGAAGCUGGACCUGCACGACGACAGGCAGAAGCAGAAGGCGCUCAAGGCCGUCUCCGCUCUCCACGGCAUCGACAACAUGGGCGUAGACAUGAAGGAGCAGAAGAUGACGGUGGUCGGCAGCAUGGACCCCGUCGACGUCGUCGCCAAGCUGCGCAAGGUCUUCCUCGGGGCGCACAUCGUCUCCGUCGGCCCGGACAAGGAGGAGAAGAAGGACGACAAGAAGGACGGCGCCGGCGGGGACAAGGACAAGAAAGACGGCGACAAGGACAAGAAGGACGGCGACAAGGACAAGAAGGACGGGAGCAAGCAGGUGGUGUACCCGCAUCACUACUGGUACCCCCCGCCGCCGCCGCAGCAGCACCACCACCCGCACCCGUACUACUUCGUCCGCAGCGCCGAGGAGGACCCCAACUCCUGCGUCAUCUGCUGA